AACUCAUUCCAGGCUCAGCUCAGGGCUAAAUACGCCUUCCUGUUCUAGUCCAUGCCGGCUGCUCCAGCCCCUGAUCACCAAUCUCUGGCCGUAUAACCCCCUCUCUACUGAGCUCACACACAAGGGGAGAUCGGCAGAUAUUUGCGCGGAUCUCCCUUGGUUACCUAGGCUGCCCUUGAAUUCGAAGCAAUCCCCCUGCUUCAGUUUGCUGACGUCUGGGAUUACAGGUGUACUUGGUCACCAUGAAGCCCCUGCACCCAGCCCUUCCUAGCUGCCUCCUGUUGGUGCUCUGUGGUAUCUGGAGAACUGCUGCCCAGACUCCUGCCUCAUCUACUGCCAUGCUGCCCCUCAGCGCCACCUCUUUCCUGGAAGAUCUCAUGAAUCGCUAUGGGGAGAAUGACAGCCUUACCCUGCCACAGCUGAAGGCCCUGCUCAACAAACUGGAUGUGGGAGUAGGCCGGGAUAACGUUACUCAGCCCAGGGAAGGACACAGGAACCUCUCCACGUGCUUUAGCUCUGGAGACCUCUUUGCUGCCCACAAUUUCAGCGAGCGAUCUCAGAUCGGGAUGAAUGAGUUUCGGGAGUUCUGCCCCACCAUCCUCCAGCAGCUGGACUCCCGGGCUUGUACCUCAGAAAACCAGGAGAAUGAAGAAAAUGAACAGACAGAGGAGGGGAAGCCUAGCGCCAUCGAAGUAUGGGGGUACGGUCUCCUCUGUGUUACCGUCAUCUCCCUCUGCUCCCUCAUGGGGGCCAGCGUGGUGCCCUUCAUGAAGAAGACUUUUUACAAGAGGCUGCUGCUCUACUUCAUAGCCUUGGCGAUUGGAACCCUCUACUCCAACGCCCUCUUCCAGCUCAUCCCCGAGGCCUUUGGUUUCAACCCUCAGGACAAUUAUGUCUCCAAGUCUGCAGUGGUAUUCGGAGGCUUCUACCUUUUCUUUUUCACAGAGAAGAUACUGAAGAUGCUCCUGAAACAGAAAAACGAGCACCAUCACGGACACAACCAUUUUACCUCCAACACUCUCCCUUCCAAGAAGGACCAGGAGGAGGGUGUGACGGAGAAGCUACAGAACGGGGACCUGGACCACAUGAUCCCUCAGCACUGCAACAGCGAGCUGGAUGGCAAGGCAGCUGGCACGGACGAGAAGGUCAUCGUAGGCUCCAUGUCUGUGCAGGACCUGCAGGCAUCCCAGAGUGCUUGCUACUGGCUCAAAGGGGUCCGAUACUCUGAUAUUGGUACCCUGGCCUGGAUGAUCACCCUGAGCGACGGUCUCCACAAUUUCAUCGAUGGCCUGGCUAUUGGUGCCUCUUUCACCGUGUCUGUUUUCCAAGGCAUCAGCACAUCCGUGGCCAUUCUCUGUGAGGAAUUCCCACACGAGCUGGGAGACUUUGUUAUCCUGCUCAAUGCUGGGAUGAGCAUCCAGCAGGCUCUCUUCUUCAACUUCCUUUCUGCUUGCUGCUGCUAUGUGGGUCUGGCCUUUGGCAUCCUGGCUGGAAGUCACUUCUCCGCCAACUGGAUUUUUGCGCUGGCCGGAGGAAUGUUCUUGUAUAUUGCUCUAGCCGAUAUGUUCCCGGAGAUGAACGAGGUCUGUCAAGAGGACGAGAGGAAGAGCAGCUUCUUGGUCCCCUUUGUCAUCCAGAACCUUGGCCUCCUGACUGGCUUCUCCAUCAUGCUGGUCCUCACAAUGUAUUCAGGGCAGAUUCAGAUUGGGUAGGACCCUGCCAGCGGGAAGCCAGUGGUAUUGCAAGUCGGACUCUGGGCCUUAUAUCCCUGGCCUGAGGACUCAGCAUCCAUGAAGCACCGUGGAAGAGGCAGUUUUUUACACACUGGCGCCUACUGCCUGCCCACAUUCAGAUGUCAGCUGUUUCAAAACGUUUCUGUCCCAGGAAGAACCCGCCCUGGGACACUCUCUAGGUAGUGCCUCAAACCGUCUCCCAAUGCUUUCCACAGAUAAUUCUGGAACUGAAAUGCCUCCCUCAUGUAGGACACACCUCCCUUUUCCUUCUGGUCACCUUCACCUGUCUUUUUCUCUUGGAGGAAGCACUGAGAGAUGUCGAAUCUUUUACAGUGUAAAAAUGAAACCAGUGGUCAUGGUUUGGUUAGAAAUACCAGGGUGGCAUCUGACUUUGGGGCCUGUGAUUCUGAAUGUGUGUGCCCCGGACUUCAGGUCACUCCAUCUUCACAUGAGUUCUCCUGUUUUUACAAAGAAAGGACAGAAGAUAAGAAUCCCAUUUUUGUUUUCAGUCUGUUCAAGUAACAGUUCUCUGAAAGAGACUGGCAUUCUGAGCAGUUGAGGCAGGGGGUCACCCUGGGUGACAAGGAAUUAGAACUCAUGGUGGAUAUCCUGCCUCCUUGGUGCUCUCUGGUGUCCACUAGGAUGCUGGGUGCUGGCUGUACAGCGUCUGUGUCACAGAAUCAGCCAGGUGAGCCACUGUGGACAUUUUUUGGAGUAGCAAGAGAUUUGUGCUAAAUCAAUUCGUUUUGCCCUGGUUUUCACACACACACCCCUCUUGGCUUCCUUUUUCUAGAUACUUUUUUAGAUGCCUCACUAGGAGCACAUUUAAGAUUUUGCAUUAGAGGGGGAAAUUGCACAAAUUAAUCUCCCCUGGUCUAGACUUCUGUCAAGUAGAACCUGAUUCAGAAUCAGGACACAGUUGUUUAUGCCUUAUUGUGACAAAGGUAAUCAGAAACGGAGUCAGUGCUGACCAAACUUAGGACUUGCUAAUUGCAGAAAUAAUAGGUGAAUACCAAGGGACUCUGGACCUUGAGGUCAAACCUUCAGGUCAGGGCUACAGAUGUCAUUGCUGCCAGUGGGUUUUAAAGGGCACACUGCCUAGCUACCGCUUCCUCCCUGGCCCCAGCCAACAAGACUGAACCCUGAACUGAACUGAGUGUAACUUGCUUUCUUUGCUCCAGGAAAAUGAAUGGCUGUGUUUGUCACUCACACCACAGGCCAGCCUCAGACACUGUGGAGCCCUCUCGUCAGAACUCUGGCUUCCAGGGGAGCUAAUCUCCAGGUUCACUGAGUGAAUUAAUUUAUUAUUAUCAUAUUGAUAAUGUGGAUUCCUUAGCCACUUUAGGGAGCCAGUCUCUCCCGGAGCCUUUCCUAGUGUGCCCACAGUCACAGCCCAGGGGCCACUGUUUGCAUGACUGAUAGUACUGGUUCAUUGCCAACACCUGAGUCUUUCUCUUCUUACCACAGGAAAACUGUCCAUUAAAAGCAGCAUAUAUAUAUAUAUAUAUGUGUGUGUGUGUGUGUGUAUAUACACAUAUAUGUAUAUAUGCGUAUGUAUGUGUGUACGUAUAUAAGCAUACACACAUAUAUAUACAUGCAUAUAUGUGUGUGAGCAUAUAUAUGUGCAUGUGGCAUGUGUGAACAUAUAUAUGUUCAUUCUUCUUGGGGAAACAUGCUUGAAAACCAGGAAUCCUGACAACACAACUGGAGAAGCAGAGGCUUGCUCGGUCUCUUUCCUGCUCUUACCUCUUGCUUUGACUGGGUUUGAGAAGAGGCAGGGAGGAAGAGAAAACUCAAGGUUCUAGAUUGAAUGUCAGGACCAAGUCCUGGUAGGAUAAGGGUCCAGUUUUACCAAAGAACGAAUUCCUUCAAUCUCAGAAUCUAAUAUUUUAUGUUACUGUCAUUACUGUUUGAAGAUGAGUCUCUUUCUUUUUUGUUUUAUUUUUCCAACAACUGCUUCCGGAGCUAGCGGAAAUUGACACAGAGUUCAAGGCUGAGCCGGGCGUGGUGGUCCAGAGGCUCAAUUUAUGCACCAACCUGGGCUUUAUAGUGAAUUGCAGGCCAGUCCAGGCUACAAAGUGAGAUCCUGUGUCAGCAAGACAAAGGAAGAUAAAAACAUACAACUUAAUACUAUUUUAUGCGUGGGCUGAGGGUGUGGCUCAGUGGCGGAGCUUUUUCCUAGUGUGUGUGUGUGUGACACCCUGAAUUUCAUUCCCAGCACCACCACACACCCCACAAAAAGACUGAAAGAUUCUGCUUUGCUUAGUUCAUGUUCGUGUAUUAUAAUUUUAAAGUCUCCUCUAGAUACUAUUAUUCCUUAAAUGCCUUCAUGCUGAAGGAGGACAGUGGUUUAGUUUGUUUAGAAGAACUUAAAAAUGAGAUAGAGUGCUUGCCAUGCACACUUCACAAGAACUGAGAACUUUCUUGUGCAGACAGCUGCCGUUAAAGGGAAAUCCUGGACUCAGGUAGCCAGUGGGGGGGGGGGGGUGCUCCAAUCCAACUGAUUAUCCAUUGUUGGCAGCAGAUUUGCCCAGCGAGUUGAAAUUGUGGCCACCGAAUUCUUUUUGAACUUGCUGUUUUAAGCAUUUGUACAUAUUAGAAGUCCAAGGGGUGGCGAGUUGUUUAGCAGGCGGCUGCCCCACCCUGCGCCAUAUUGCCUGCAGCUUUCUUCCUCCUGCUAACACUAGCAAGGAAAGUACUUGUCACACAGAAGAGCCCUUAGCCAGGGAGAGGGUUCUGUCACUUCACACCUCAUCCCUGACCUCGCCUUUUGUCACCCACCCCCACCCUCCUAUAUUUAGUGUCUGGUGUCAGCAGGGGGAGCAUUCUUAGUAAACCUCCACCCUGGUUUUAAAGGACUUCUCUGGAUUGCCUAGGAUCCAGUUUUAGUGAACCCUCUUCCAAAGAGAUGCAGAUAAGCUGGGUGAGUUUUUUUUUUUCUUUUUUCGCAAAAAAGAGAGGAUUUUAUUCAUAGUUCCCUUUGCAGUUCCAUCACAGUAUUUUUUUAAAUAACUCAGGUGUUAUGAGAAGAAUUAGAAAAUUAAAUAACUUAUGUCAUGUAGACUGUGUUUUAUUUGUAAGAUUCUAUAAAUAAAGCUAUAUUCUUUAAGAA